UUUUUUCUUUAUUAUUUCUUUUUUCUAAUAAUUUUUUUUCUUAGUUUUUUUUUCAUUUUUGUUAUUUCUUCUUUUUGUUCUAUGCUUUCUUAUUUUUUUGUAUCCAGUACUGCUGUAGGGACAUCGGCUCCGUGAGGAUGACGCUCCUGCUGAAACGUCAUGCCGUCAGGAUGAAUCUCCUGCCGAGACGCCCUGAUGAUGAUUGCUGGUUCUCCCGUGUCUGUGUCUCCUUGCUGCCCCGUGUCUCCCGUGUCCCCCCUCUCUCCCGUGUCUCCGCUGCUGGGCGCCUCUGUCGCGUCCCCGGGUCGAGGGGUCUCUGCACGCACGGGGAGCCAGGUACAGGGUCAGUUGUGAGUAAGAGGCACGGCAACAUUCUGUCGGUCGGAAUAAACCGGCCUCAUGUCCGUAAUUGCGUCAACGCAGAGGCGGCCCAGCGGCUCCACGAAGCGUUCACCGCGUUUGAAGAGGACGAUGAUCUGCUCGUGCUGGUUCUGCACGGCAUUGGUGGAAACUUUUGCGCAGGGUACGACUUGAAAGAACUCGCCAACACGACAACACCGAUCACAAUACCAGACGUAGGCAAAGGGCCUGGGCCAAUGGGCCCGUCGCGCAUGGAGCUGACGAAGCCUGUGAUUGCUGCGGUGAGCGGCUACGCCGUGGCCGGCGGGCUGGAGCUGGCCUUGCUUGCGGACAUGAGGGUGGUCGAGGAAGAUGCCACGAUGGGUGUCUUCUGCAGACGGUUUGGAGUACCUCUGAUCGACGGAGGCACUGUCAGACUUCCCAAGUUAAUUGGACUGUCCCGAGCUCUGGAUCUUAUUCUGACUGGCCGUCCAGUUGACGCACAGGAGGCGUUCCAUUUUGGAUUGGCCAAUCGGAUUACGACCAAGGGAAAAGCAUUUGAAGAAGCUAUGAAGUUGGCAGAGCAGAUUUCUUGCUUCCCUCAGAAGUGCCUGCGAUCAGAUCGUCAGUCUGCUUACCGCAACGCGUUCUGUUCUCAAAACCAUCACGAGGCUUUGCAGUUUGAACUUAACAAUGCCAAGCAUGUAAUUAGCGAGGAAUCCAUUAAGGGUUCAUUAAAAUUUAAAUCUGGAUAUGGCAGGGGAGGAAGAUUUAAUGACCCCUAAGGAUAUUAAUGCAAACAUCUAAGGGACAAGAUUGUGAUUUCAAAUACUUCACGAGUAUACCACCACUGAUUCGGUAAAGUAACAUACGAUCAUUUUGAAUUCAUUACCAACAACACCUAUAUUCAGUAUUAAUAAGACAAUAUCUGUGCUAGUUUAUUCAUUCUUGCUAAAACAUGUUCUGCAACAAAGCACCAGUCUGUGGGCCUGAAUCAUGUAUAAUUUAGUUUCUACUCUCUAGUAGAAUGGACUGCAUGAUUAAAAAAUUCGAUAACAGCAAUCGUGCCAAAUUUGGGUAGCGGUCUUCCGGGCCGGUUCGUCGUGCAGAAUGUGUGUGGACCGGUGGCGAUAACCCCAAUUUCUGCGGGCCACGUUACAGCCAAUCGGUUGCCGCAGGGAGUGAAUCGGGAGCCGAGCGCGAUGAUGUCACAGCUGUCCGGCCGAGCCGACCAAUCGGAGCGCGUCCGACUUGCACAAAUGCCGAUGUGUGUGUGUUGCUUUGCCCUCCACCAAAGGGCGAUAUUGUAGUUUUUACGAGGCUUGACGCCUUGUAUAACAAUUAUGAAGAUGGGGGGGGGGGGGUUGGAUGGGUUCGUGGAUAAGGUGGAGAAUUAUGCUGGGCUGUGUGUAAUUGCCUGAAGACAGUAUAGCAAGUGGAUGAUCAUUAUCCCCUCUGAUGAUGAGUUUCCUCUGGGUACUGCAAAAGACUCGGUAAUAAAAAUUGGGACUCAAUUUGAUUUUCCCUGGUAUACUACCCCUUCUGCUUCAGUAUUGUCUUUGUUAUCGGUAGCAACAGCACCAUUGUAGU